AUGUUUAAUUUAUGGUCUAUUGGACGUUUUCCAUGUAUAAGUAAUGCACAGAUAUCUACUAGUAUUAAUAAUUUUGGUUACUAUGCUUAUAGUAUAAAUACAAAGAUUAUUAUUAUAGAUUUAAAUUUAAUGAUUGAUGGAAAUAAUGAUAAUAUUUUAUUUGGUUCAAAUACUUGGAAUCGUUUUAAUUUUGAAAUUCCAAAAAUAAAUAAUAUAAUAUGGAAAAUAAAUGAAAAUAAUAGUAAUAGUAAUAUAAUUAAUAAUAUAGAUAUUUACUCAAAUAUAAAAAUAGUUAAUAAAUCAUUAUAUAUUGAGAAUUUAUCUUGGGGUCCUUAUAUUAAUUAUAAAUGGUCUUGUUUAUUUACAUGUAUUAAUAAUGGAAUAGUUUAUAUAUGGUUAUUACCUAUAUUAGAUUCAUUUUCUUUAGCUAUAUAUAAUCCUUCACCAUCAUUUAAUCUUAUUGAUAUAUUAAGAUAUAAUUAUAUUGAAGAUAAAGAAUAUAAAAUAAGAUCUUAUGAUUGGUUAUAUAAUAAUUAUUUGGAAGAUAAAAAGUGUUUACUUAUAUCAUUUUGUAAUAAAUAUUUAUUAAAUACAGAUAAUCCAAUAUUAAAAGUUCCUAUAUUAUCAAUGCAAUCAAAUAUUGGAGAUAAAAUGAAUUUAUAUAUUGUAACAUCAUGUUGGGAUGAUUAUAUAAUUUUAUAUAUAAUAUAUAUUCCUAAAGAAUUUUCAAAAGAAAAUUACAUAGAUAAAUUUACAAAUAAUUUUGAAGAUAAUUUAAUUAAACAAGAUGAAUAUAUAUAUUCUAUUUUACCAGAUAAACCUUUAAUUAUUUGUAAUGCAGUAUUAAUUUAUAAAUUACCAAAGGUAAUCAAUAAUAAAUUUAUAAAUAUAAAUGAUAAUAUGGAUGAGAUAGUAACUACUUCAUAUACUUCAUCAUUUAAUUCAGAAUAUAAAUUUGAAGUUAUUAUAGGAACUUCUAUAGGACGUCUUUUAUUAUUUAGAUUUAAACUUGAUAUAACAAAUUUAUCUAUUAUAUGUAUUGAAUAUAGAUGUAUAUAUGAGUUAUUUCCUAAGAUUCCAAUUUCUCAUAUGAAGAUUGUGAUAAUAGGUAAUAAUAAUUUAUAUUAUAAUAUUAAAGAUGAUGAUUUGUUAUUAUUAUGGUGUAUUGGAAUAGGUAAUAAUGUUAUAAUAGGGAAUUCUAUAAUAUCAUAUAAUAAUUUAGAAACUUCAAUUGAAUAUUCUUCUGUUAAUAAAUUGAAUUUAAAUAAUAAAUUAGAUAUUUUAAUACAUAAUUGUCCAAUUUGUGGAAUUCAUUAUAUUGAUGAUAUAAUAAUAGAUGAUAAAUUAAUAUAUUCUUUUAUUACAAUUGAUAAAUCUGGAAUUGGGAUUUUACAUAGACCAUCAAUAAAAGAAAAAGGAAGAUGGGAUCAAAUUAAAAUAUUAUACCCAAAUAAGAUAUUUCAAGCAUCUUCAUCAUUUCCAAAUAUUGAUCAAUCAAUAUAUACAAAUGAAUCUUCAGAAAUAUUGGAGAAUAGAAAUAAAGAUUUGUCUAAAAAGCUCGAAAAUAUUCAAAGUAUACCAAAUAGUAUACAGAUAAAUAGGAAUGCAAAUGAUUAUAAAGUAAUUAGUUUUAAUACACCUUUAUCAUAUCCUGGGAAUAAUUUAUAUAAUAAUAUUAAUUAUUCAUAUUUUAUUAUUAUGUUAUAUUCAUCUUCUACUCAUACAAUUCGAUUAAUAUUAAUGUUUAAUCCAAUAUCAGCUAUUGAUUAUAUAAAUAAACGAUUAGUUUUAAAUCUUCAACAAACUUAUAAUAGUGGUUUUAAAGAAAUAUAUAAUUAUGUUAAAUUUUGUAAAGAUUUUAGAAAUAUUUGUUUUUUUGAUUAUUUAAUACAAUCAAUAUCACAACCUUUAAUUUUGAAUGAUAUUCGUCUUAUUUUGGGAGGUCCAACAACUAUUAAAGGAAUACCACAAAUAGAAGAAGUAAAUAAUAAUAAUAAUAAUAAUAAUAAUAAUAAUAAUAAUAAUAAUAAUAAUAAACAAUAUAAUGAUUUAUUGAAUAAAUUUAAUAUCAAAUUAAAACCUUUUUCAGCUUUUAAUUUUAAACUUGGUAAGAUCUUGUUAUUAAAAAUAAAGGAUAAAUUAAAUAAUAAUAUAGAAACUAAAUAUAAAUCUAAUAAAGAAUUUAAUGAUAAUAAUAAUGAUAGUGAUGAAGAUAUUUUAACCUUAUAUUUAUCAAUAUUUAGAGAAUUUAUACCAGAAAAUAUAAUUCAAGAUGCAUUAGAAUUUAAUUUAAUUCAUGAAUAUUUUCCAGAUAUACUUUCAGAAAGUUAUAUUAGAACUACAUUAGCAAAUUUAUUAUUAUUAUUAUUUUGUUAUAUUCAUGAAUUAGAAAUUUUUACUCCUAAAAAUCUCCAAUAUACUAAUUUAAACUACGGUAUGAAUCAUUUUAAAAAACUUAUUGAAUAUGUAUUAAAAUUUUAUGUGAUUAAUAAUUUUACGGAAAUAAAAGGUAAUAAUAAUAAUAAUAUGGAUAUAGUAAAUAAUAUUGAAUUUAUAAUUUCUUAUUUUAAAUUUCUUUAUUUUAUUCGAUUAAUUACUUCUUAUAGAUGUCUUAUUACAUUCCUUUAUUCAAGAUAUAUAGAAUUAUUUAAUGAUGAUAUUAUUCAACGUGAAGAAGAUAUUGCUAAUUAUCUUGUACAAUUAAAGACAUUUUCUUUAUUAUAUAUUAAUAAAAUUAAUGAACUUUAUGGGGAUAAAAUUCAAAAUAUAUUAGAUAAUUAUAUAAAAGAUAUUCAUUCUUCUGAGAAUAUAUAUAAUGAAGUGAAGAAAUCAAAAAUUAUUGGUCAAUUAAUGAAUAAUAUUGAAAUAAUAAAUUCUAAUAACGUUUCCAAUCCAAAUAAUUAUUUUUUGAAUAAAAAAUUAAAUUUAAAUUAUAUAUGGGGAUUUGUCAAAAAUUUACAAGAUAUAAAGAUUAAUAUUAAUAAUUUAUAUGAUAAUAUAACGAAAACUGAUUGUAUAUUAAUAAGUAAACCACCAUAUACAAUAUAUAAAUGUUUUAGAAAUUAUUCAAAUAUAGUAAAAGAUCCUGUAAUUAAUAAUAAUAUAUAUAAUAAUAGUGAUAUAAUAGUUAACCAACAAGAUGAUGAUAAAGAAUUAUUAAAGAAUCAUUAUAAUUGUAUUAAUAAUAUCCCAGCAUGUCCAAUUACAUUGCUCCCUGUUGAAAUAUUAGAAGAUGUUCAAAUACUUUCAUGUAAUUUUUGUGGUAGGAUUACAUAUGUGAAAUCUUCCACGAGAAAACCGCCAAUGCAUGCAAUACCACAUGAAAUUGAAGAAAUAAGAAAAAGAUCUUUUUUAGAAAAUUAUGUAAUGCAAACAUAUCUAGUAUGUAGUAUAUGUUUAAAUAUUACAGUAUUUAUUCAGAUAUAA